AUGAUUCAUUCUGUCUUCAUUUUAUUGUUGGUUGUACAAACUGCAAUUUUUUCAGUUGAAUCAAACAAAAUAAAUUUAGUUGCCAAGAGAAAUAAUGAUGACAAUUCAACAUUAGCUGAAUGUGAUACAUGCUUAGCAGGGAUGAAUUUGGUUCACUACAUUCUUUCAGAAAAUUAUUGGGUAGAGAUUUAUAUGAUUGCAGCACAACAAUUAUGUCAGUCUAUUCCAUCAGAAAGUCUAAGAAACACUUGCCUGAAAUAUGUGAAUAAUUACCUUAAUAAUACUUUGAACAUACUGGCUACAGCAGUGAAUCCUGAUUACAUUUGCAAGGCAUUACAAGCUUGUACAAAUAAUACGAAUUCUUUAACUAAUCGAAACAUCGGAGAUAAUAUAUUGUGUGAAGAAUGUAAAUUUGUUUAUAGUAGAAUACAAAGUAUUUUUACUGAUCACACAGAAACUAAACAAAUGAAAUCUUCACUAAAAGUGAUAUGUUUACUUUAUGCUUCAGACGAAUCAAAAUGUAAUAAAAGCAGAUCAAUCAUGUUAUGUACUUUGCUCUUUCCUAAAACUUUACAAACUCAUCUUCCAUUAAAUGGAUGUUACAUAUUAUUGAAAAUUACAGAAUUGAUCAUUUUGUUUUUCUUCUUCUUGUAA